GUCAACGAGUGUCAUCCAGGCCCUCGAAUCAUCGACGAAGUGCGUUGGAGAGACCAUCAGGUCAACGGCGGUACGUCUGCCUUGGCUGUAUGUGACACUCCAGUGACCUUGCAAGAUAUCUGGGACCAAGCUGAACUCAGAAGAGCCCUGCAAUCCCACCCGAUGCAUCCGUUCAAUCAGCCACCGCUGCACCUUAUCGAAGAGGGGACUCUCACCGUUUAUCCCCCCAUUGACCCUCCACGGGGACCCCCUAUCUAUGUAGACGAGGGGCCGUUGAAGGUUGUUCCAAAUGAGCCAGCGUCGUCGACGUACCGCUCUGACGAACAUCAACCCCUUCGUGCUGAUCCUCCUUGGAUCGAUUAUCGGCCGCCCUCAUUUCAGUCGAGAACCCGCAAGUUCUUUACCCCGGAACAUUCUCAGCUCCCGAAUCGACGGCAGACGAACCAGCCUAAUAUGGCUUCACCACUUAUUCGAGAAAUGCUUCUGACUUCUCAGGCUCGUCUUCAGAAGAAGGUUCCGGACCAACAGCUCCAGCCUACGGAGCAGGGUCGACGUGAGAUUUGGGCAGCUCGGAAGUUUCAGAGCCAGCAGACAGCGGAUUGGUUUUCUCAGCAGCAUAUGGCACCCCAGGCAAAUGACCAGGUCAGUUCUCGAUCUGGUAUUUCGACAACGCUGCUCCAACACACGGAAUCUUCCGCAGAACAUUCCAGUUAUCGUGCCCAACAGCUGCGCGAGCCACUACACCGGCGACAACUGGAGCUUGGUCAGCCGAUGCAGCCGCAGCGCUAUCUUCUGUAUGAACAGCCGAACCAUCCUCAGCAGCAGCAGCACGGUCAGGGAGCUAAGGGUGGUUUGUAUCCUGUCAUGCGAAAUGCAGUCGAAAAAUAGGAUUACGGUUACAUGAGCGCCAUACUUCUAAGCGCUGAGCUUACUGCCCAGCAGUUUGGUGGAUUGUUGGCCUAUUCCGCUGUUCAGGACAAGACCACCAACUGCAACGAAGGGCUGGAGGGUGUAUAUACACACAUUGUUGAAGGCGGUCUAAAACGCCGGCCGCAGUCGCUUCGUUUCGUGCAAGCGUUUCGAUCCGGUUGAAAGGUAUGGCAAUGUAUGGAGGAGACAUGGGGCCGCCGCCAGUUGAAGUUUGUUUCCUGGCCACUGCACAAAUGCGCUCCAUUUGUCGUAGGACCCUGACUAUGGCAAGGGGUAGCGUUAAGACGACUAUAUGGGACCAUAGAUUCUACGUUGACAGUAAAUGAAAAUUGUAGAAAGGCCGUAUAUCAUCUUUAGGAACAUGAACUGGAUAAGUGGGCUUGUGACGAACCGCGUCCAGUUGAGGGAUGAUAGCAAAGCGAACAGCGUGACACAUUGCGUUACUCAAUACGUUCAAAAGACGUCGAUGUGAAGGCACAUAAGGACCCCAUCUCAGCGGUUGACUAACGACUCCUUCCGGCGAAGUGAAGAGAUACGCUUGACCUUUAUGGGCCCCAACUAAC